AGUGUUGUUGUGCUUGGCGAGCGGAGCGGGUGGGCGGCAGAUUGAAUAUAGCGAGUACACCAUACACCACACACCAUACACCAUACACCAAAUAGCGAACAGAAAUUAUAAAAGCGGGCGUCGCAGCUGAGGAAGCCGUUAGAAAGGAACGAUGCGGUUCAGCGGCUACAACCGUUAUCAGUGCUUCUGCUCUGCUGCUGCUUCGCUGCUUCUUUGCUUUGCGGUCGGCGCAGCGCUGACGCGGGCAGAUGAUGCCGGCAGCGACGUCGACGCCGGCAGCGCCAGCAGCAGGAAAUGGCUGUGCAGCCGGACGGACAUCUGCACCGCGGAGGGGGAGAUGGUGGCCGGACUGCAGUACGCGCCGGAGAUCUUCGAGAGCCAGCGGGACUGUCGGCUGUCCUGCGGCAAGUACGGAGCCAUCUGGCCCAUGCCCACGGGCAAGGAGUGCACCAUAUCGCACAGGCGGGUGCGGUUCGAUCCGUGGAAGGUGCGCUUCCAUGUGGUGGCACCCGGCGAGGCGGCCACCCAGUUCCUCAGGGAGACGAACCGGCUGUUCGUCUCAAAUCUGCUGAAGGAGUGCACACGGAACUGCACGCUCGAGAGCAGCAAGCAGAUUCUGGUCAGAUCCACGGUGGCCAACGAGAGCCUCGUCCUGGACUGGCCCACCGACGAGAGCUACGCCCUGGUGGUGCGAACCACGGAUACGGCCACCUUUGUGGACAUCCAGGCGGCAACGGUGUACGGGGCACGCCACGCCUUCGAGACGCUAAGCAACCUGGUCACCGGCAGCCUGUCCAAUGGCCUGCUGAUGGUCACCACGGCCAACAUCACUGAUCGGCCGGCCUUUCCGCAUCGCGGCGUGCUUUUGGAUACGGCCCGAAACUUUGUGCCCCUCAAGUUCAUACGCAGCACUUUGGAUGCGAUGGCGGCCAGUAAGCUGAAUGUGCUCCACUGGCAUGUGGUGGACACGCACAGUUUUCCGCUGGAGAUCACCAGGGUGCCGGAGAUGCAGCGUUACGGCGCGUACUCCUCAUCGCAGACGUACUCGCGUCAGGACGCACUAAACCUGGUCAAGUAUGCCCGAUUGCGGGGCAUACGGAUACUGAUCGAGAUCGAUGGACCCUCGCACGCGGGCAAUGGAUGGCAAUGGGGUCCUGCCGCCGGACUGGGCAACAUGUCCGUGUGCCUGAACCAAUCGCCCUGGAGGAGAUUCUGUGUGCAGCCACCGUGCGGCCAACUGAAUCCCCUGAACGAUCACAUGUACGCGGUGCUCAAGGAGAUCUUGGAGGACGUAGCCGAGGUGGGCGCUCCGGAGGAGACCCUGCACAUGGGCGGCGACGAGGUGUUCCUUCCCUGCUGGAAUAACACCGACGAGAUUCGGGAUGGCAUGAGAGCACGCGGCUACGAUCUCAGCGAGCAGAGCUUCCUGCGGCUGUGGUCGCAGUUCCAUCAGCGGAACCUCAAUGCCUGGGACGAGAUUAACGAGCGCAUGUAUCCGGGCAUUAAGGAGCCCAAGUCGGUGAUCAUCUGGUCCAGCCACCUCACCAAUCCCCGGUACAUCGAAGCUUAUUUGCCCAAGGAACGGUUCAUAAUCCAGACCUGGGUGGAGUCGCAGGAUGCCCUCAAUCGGGAGCUCUUGCAGCGGGGAUACCGACUGAUUGUGUCCACUAAGAAUGCCUGGUACCUGGAUCACGGUUUCUGGGGCAGCACGUCGUACUACAACUGGCGCACCGUGUACUCCAGUGGCAUGCCCGUUGGUCGCAGCAAAGAUCAGGUUCUCGGCGGUGAGGUGUGCAUGUGGAGCGAGUAUGUGGAUCAGAACUCAUUGGAAUCCCGAAUCUGGCCGCGAGCUGGAGCAGCUGCCGAGCGACUGUGGUCUAAUCCGAAGUCCUCUGCCCUGCUGGCCCAGAGAAGGUUUUACCGCUACCGGGAGCGACUUCUGGCCCGAGGAAUCCACGCGGAUGCAGUGAUUCCGCACUGGUGCGUCCUCCACGAAGGACAGUGCCUCUAAAUCGGUCGGUCCGAACUUAGUUAUAGCUCCAGCACCAGCACCGUGUACAUACCUUUCAAUCUAUGUUACUUUAUUCAUCAGCUAUUGCCCAUAAAGAUCUGUUUUUAAUCCAAUCCGCCAAGCGGCUCGAAAGUGAA